ACAGUCAGGCGUAGCCCCAAUGAUGAAAAUGAAAAAGGAAGAGACUAAAGAUGUCGUCAAUCUACGCUUUGUUCAACGUCAACAAAAGGCAAUAAAUAAGAAUAUUACACUAUAAAUAGAGAAAGGCAAGGAACUUCCUCAAAUUGAAUCAAUUGAGAACACCGUAACAUUUUUUUAAAUUUGUGAUUGGUGGCUAUUAAACCAUAUGCUAUACAACAAUGGAAGAAACUGUCAGUGACGAUAGUACCUCAAAAAAGUCUAAAGAUCCUGUUUGCAAAUGUUUACACCAUGGUCCUAAAUGCACAUGUUCCAUUUGCGACUAUAGUCCCAAAAUAUCAGAGCAUGUUUGCGUUUGUUCGCAACAUGCGUCUGAUUGCAAAUGUGAGAUUUGCAUACGUACUUCUGAAAUACGUGAUCGGAUUUGCGUCUGUACUAGCCAUGGAUCAAUUUGUACAUGUAAGAUUUGCGUAGCUACUCCUACCGUAAGAACUUCCAGUUUAACUGGUCCUGUUUGCGUCUGUGCAAGUCGUGGUUCUGUUUGCAAAUGUUUGACUUGCAUCCGUUCUCCACCGGUAUCUGAUUUUUGCAUCUGUGCAAGCCAUGGAUCUGAUUGCCAAUGUCAGGUUUGCAUUCGUACGCCCACCGUAUCUGAUCGUGUUUGCAUCUGUGCGAGUCACACUUCUGCAUGCAAAUGUCCGAUUUGCAUUCGUACUCCCACCCUUACUUCAGAAAAGAUUGAAAUAUGUGGUCGAAAACUACAGAUUUUAAGUACUGUAUCCAGGACUGAAAACUAUUUAAGAGAUCAUCGCAUACCGGAAUUGAUCAGCUUCCUUUUAACCAAACUCUUAGCAGAUGGUUCCAAUAAACCGAUAGCAUAUUUAGUCAAAUUACUGGAUGAUUGUAUGUUAUACCGGGCUGGACAAGGCCUUCCACCAGUUUUGUAUGAACAAAGGCAUUUGGAAGCAAUAAUUAAAAGUUUCGAUCCUGGACGACGGGGCUGGAUAAGUGCAGAUCAGUUGCGUCGCAUGUAUACUACAGUAGGUCUCAAUUCUACGGAUAUUCCGGAAGAUGAAAGGAUUCCUACCGAUGAUUUGCAGAAGAAGUUGACAUUAGAUCAAGAAAUUGAGUUAUAUGACUUAGUAGUGGCUGGUACAACAGCUCAUGAACUCUCUACUAUUAGUAAAACCGAUUCUAAUCCGGUUUAACCAUAAGUAAGUAUUUAUACUGAAACAUCUAGUAAUAUUUUUGUGUAUAUUUAUUAUAAAUUUAGAUAAUUAUGUACGGUAUUUGGCUAUAUCACUUUCAAACCUGCAAAUAUGAACACUGUAAUAUACACAAGUGUAUAUACAAUGUUUCACAACAGACAAUUGUCUAAGUGUAGCUUACAUAAAUAUGUACCGUAGGUGCCUAGUAGUUAGUUAAUUUAUUAAACGUAGUUAUCAGAGUGUUGGUAUCUCUCAAAAUCUACACGUCUCUUUAUGGUAGAUGGCGCUAAUACAUACAUACACUUGUUCUUUUUCACAUCGGGGUAGGCAGAGACCACGCUCCACUUUCAUCGUGACACAUCUUUUGACAGAGCUAUUUUGCACAGCUGAAAAUAGUUCAAAGACAUUUGUUUUUUGUUUGAAAUAGAUUUUUUUAAAGUAAAAACUUAUUUUUCUUCAUUUCCCAAUACUGCGUUUUUUGAUGCUGUAUGCAAUAACUCGUUUUUCUUUCAAAGUAACCCGUGUCUGGUAGUGACAUAGAUUUAGUAUAUAGUACCUACAUGGGUAGUAUAUGGGUAGUGGCACAUUUGUAGAUUGAAUUCGAACAGCAUGUAUGCGCUCGUAUAGCGCUAAGAGAAGAACCAGAUUCGAUAGCUUGUAUAACUUUUUGUUAUUAUAAAAUUGUGUUUCAUAUUUUUUCAUAUUAUGUUAGUUAUUUGUUACGUUGAUAUUAUUGUUAGAAUUGUUA